AUGGUGAAGAUAACAAGCAGGAUUCCUAAUCUUAACAACCUUAAGCAGUGUGUAAAGUUCCUGGAGUGGUUGAAAAAUAACGAAAGUGUGCAAUCCCAGGUGACUGCAGAAUUGGUGAAACGUCUAGCGCUCUAUUAUGAUUCGAAGACUCAAAACGAAGAGAGCAUUAAAACCGCACUAUCCUCUUUCCUUCACGAAGUGUCACAUUUCUAUGAAAAACUGUGCAAAAAUGCGAAGCCUACUAAUUAUAUGGCGAAUACACCUAAUGUGGUAUUAUAUACGCUACUCGCUUGCAUUCCCAAACUGCUCUCCGUAGUUCACUUUUUGUGGUACAAUGUGGAUGGGAAGUUCAAAAACGCUGGUGGAGGGGAUUGGGCAAACGAGCCAGUCGGACAGCUAACAUCUGGUGUGAGUAAAAUUGAUAGAUAUCUCAUUGAAAUGUCCUUCGAUAAGUACGGUGUCAUUCCUGGUGCAUUCAAGAAGGACGAGGUGCGAGGAGCUCAUGAGAAUGGUUAUGCCAAUGGUUCGGUUAUUGCUUCAAACAUUCCGAAAUUAUUGACCCAUUUACAUGAGAAUUUCUUUAGUGAUGUGUUUGUAACAUCGGCUUUGACCACUGCUGGCGCCCAGCCGUCCAACACGGCGAACGCCCUUGCAUUGCUCAAACUCUUUUGCGAGAUCGUGGACGCUGAUACAAAUAACGAAGUUCAACAAGCUCUGGAUGGAGACUUCGACAAAGAUGGGUAUUGUAUUGAGUGGAGGGAAUUAAAAGAGCAUUGCUCCACACUUAAAAUAUCGCUUGAAAAUGUUUUCAAUGCUCAUGUCCUCUCAUACACUGGUCAUACGCCGAAAGCUGGAGACCUCAAUACGGAAAAGUUUGCUAAGAAGAUGGUUAGGUGGCUUAGAGAUAAUUUGGAUAAAGUGGGGGGAAGUUUGAAAAACAUUAAGACAGAUCGCUAUACAGGUGCUAGUGAUUAUUUCACCAAGCAUUUUUUCCCUUAUGGUUUUAUAUUUGAUGACCAGAACAUAGGUACGGAGAUCAAUGCGUCUGAGGUUCUGAAAGAGAAUUGGGACAGGGUAAUAGGGGAGAUCAGUAGAUACGGUGAUGGUCUGGAUAAGAUGGUAAAAAUUCUGAAAGGCAUCCGAUGUGAUCCUACCCAUAACCAUGUCAAGACGGCAGACCUUGAAGCAGAUGACGAGGAGGAUGAGGUUGUGAUAGAGGAGUUAGAUGUGAGUGAUGAUCUUGGAGUUGAGGGAACUCCAAACCAAGGCAAGAAAGCGGAGGGAGCACAGAACCAGGGCAAGAAAGCGGAGGGAGCACAGAACCAGGGCAAGAAAGCGGAGGGAGCACAGAACCAGGGCAAGAAAGCGGAGGGAUCUUCAAACCAAAAUAAUGAUCAAAGUGAACAAAAUCCUGAAAGCUCACAAGUAUUAUAUGGUUCUUCCGUUCCUCCUGAAGAUGGUAAAAAUCAUGGCCCCGCUGGUUCUCCGGGUGACGCAGGCAAAAGUGCACAGGGCAGUGGUCCUCCAGUUCAACCGCCUGCUCUACCUCAAGGUUUAGGGCUCAAUCAACCUCCAGGCUCCUCGUCACCUGAAGCCUCUGAUACCGAUAGUGCUCCAGGCGCACCGGGGCCUAAAGGUGAUCCAGGUCAGACAGGGCCUACUGGUCCGGUUGCUUCUGCGUCUUCUCAAGUUCCAGAUGGACAGGGGAUACAAGCACCUCAGUCUACAGAUCUAUCCCUGUCAGUGCCUUCUCCAACCCCUCUCGCUAGUCCUGGAAGCCCUAAGCUCACUGCUCAAACUGGGGUGCUAGGUGCUGAGUCGCAGGAUAAUGCUUCGUUAGGCACACAGAUUACAGGAUCUCCACACGCUGUGCGCACUCAGGCGGCAAAUGUUUCGAGCCCGCGAUCUGCUGCAUCUGGUAGCCUUGAUCCCGGUAGUGGUCAAGCGACUCAGGAUCCCCCUGAUGUCGAAGUUGAAAUUGUAAUGCCUUCAUUGAUAGAUAAUGGGGGCGGCUACCAACCAAGCGGAAACGGGUUUAGGGGUAAUGAUAUUGACGGAUUUGAAGAUCCCAACGCCAUUAAUCUUCUGAAAGAUUCUAAUAAUCAUCGCGACACAUUUGGAAAGGCAGACGCAGAAUCCGACAUUUCCUCUUAUCUCGCUAAGUUACAAGAAACUUCAAAAGAAUGGUCAAACUCAUUAAGACUAAAUGAUGCUAAUCAACCGUUAAAACCCCGCGAGUUCAAUGCCUUCCCUUACUAUGGCGUUGCUGGAGAUCUCUACAGUCCCCAAUGCCGUAACCCAUGGUAUAUCCAUGAUCUCUCAACAGACCCGGCCUCUGCACCCCCCUCCUCUCUCCCAGCCACCGACCAUCUGCCUUCUCCAAAGACCGUCCGGGACAUGCUGUACUGGUUGGUAGGAUUUAAUCAAAACGGGUAUAUUGGUUAUAUUCGGAAGUAUAUUAAAGACCUUUUAGACGAUAUUAAUAAAGAUGCUUCGAAGGUCUCAGAUACCAUAGAGGUUUCUGGAAAUCCCACCAAGCUGGACGCUUCCAUGGUCACCCAGACCCUAACCGAGGCGUCCCUCUACGCAGCAAACAUACUUUACACGGUUAAAUAUCGUGAUUAUUACACGGCUUAUAACGAUUUCAAAUUUGAAUCGGUAUAUAGUCAGCUUUAUUAUUCCUCCGAUCCCGCCUGCCUCCUAUGUCAGCUGCGGGACUACGUGUACUCUUGCCACCAUCAGUUGGAGUUCCUAAAGUCCAAGUGUUCUCAAGAUAAAUCUAUUGGCGGUUGGCCGAAUUGUUAUUACGGCAAUGAUAUAUCAUCUUCCAACUCCCUUCUCCAAGCAUUCCUGACGGACGCCUACGACUCCAAGUUCAAGACGCACCUCUUCGAUCCAUGCAACAUCUGCUGCAAGAGCCGGGUAUACAUGGGAUUUAAACACAAAGAUCUGCCUAAACCUCGCCAAACUGGCGCCAUCCUUUCCUCCAUCCUCACUCCCAGCUGCGGCGGUAGUGACCCCUUGCUUACAUUGUCCUCUUAUCUCAACUGCCUCACCAUGCGGACGCCGCGGACCACCGGGGAGCUUGUGUCGUACUUCCACCAUUUCGGAAAUUUAAUGUAUGAUGCGUCCUCCAAGGGAUUGUCAAACCUCGGCUCAUCUCUCUCCAAGCCACACGACCACUGCCCCAACUGGGACCGUUUCAAGGAACCCGAUAUCCUCGAAGUACGGGAGCUCCGAGGUUCCGAAUCUGUCAGCUCGAAUCACGACGAAGACCAUCCCAACACGCUGUCAACACUAAUUGGGUGUGGGAUCAAACCUCUGCACUGUCGUCGAUGUUUCACGCCCAUCACGCACCGGGCCUACACCAUCUAUUCGCCGUGCUUCGCCCACACCUACCUCAGCUGGACGGUAUACCUAACCGACAGACUGUGGGAGUCACUCGAGAGACUACGUUGUGAUUUAGAAGGGCAUGCUAGUAACAAGUGCCCAGCACUUCACUCAUGUCCAGAUGCCCUGCCCCUCCUCUACACUCACGGGUUCACGCCGCUGGAAGGCACACCACAGACAUCACUCACAUGUUCAGAGAUCAUCACCAAGCUGGGGGCAGUGGUCAACGGCAAGCCUAUCGCAACCCUCAUGACCUGCAUGGACGACUUCCUCUACAGGGUCAGGAUGCCCUUCAUCUACACGCUCAUGGCACUGUGGUCGGUCGCAGUACUCCUCCUCUCUUACACGAUACUGUACCGCCUGGACGUCCUGUAUCUCUGUUCUCACUUCAUCAGGUCCAAGGCCUCCCACCUCAUCGACGUCAAGGCGCUACUCACUAAUAGCAGGAAGAUGCUCUCACUCUACGACGCCGAUUACUUUGACGAUGAUGACCCUAUGGGAUAA